AGUCAACAGACGCGUUAUAGAUGACACGACCUCGAUAUUUCAUUGACCUCUUACCGACCGACUAAGAUAUAUUUUGAAGCAUUCUCUGGCAAUCCCAAUAUAUAAGUCUUCCAAAUGAGGUCCUUGAGCUUUUUGGUACUACAUGUUUUUGUAGUCGCUGCCUUGUCCGACAAGAAAAGACUCAUUAUCGACACGGACCUCUUGUCAUUUGAUGAUGACCCCUUGGCAAUUGGCUUAAGCGGUAUACUUCAGAACUGGGGACAGGUCGAACUAAUUGGAGUCAUGUCAAGCGUCAACAGUCGAUAUGUUCCUCCAGCUAUCGAUGCUAUUAACACUUACUUCGGAUAUCCCCAGAUCCCGAUAGCGAUCCAGAAACCUGUUGAUAAUUUGACAAAAUUGCCAGAGUACCCAGAGUUUGGAGCCUACGUUACAGGGCUGACCUAUAACUUCACUGAAGAUGUGCGAGAUGGAACCAAUACCCCUGAUCCAGUUUCAUCAUACCGCUAUCUGCUCUCUACGUCAGCGGACGAUUCAAUUACUCUCGCCGUAAUCGGGUUCUUCGACAAUGUGUUCAACCUCCUUAACUCCGGCCCCGACCAAAUAUCCCCAUAUACAGGGGCUGAACUACUCGCUUCUAAAGUGCGCGAACUCGUCGUGCAAGCCAACGACGUGGGAUAUUCUUAUAACACGAACGCGCAUAACGAAACCCUCGCCCAAAAAGUGCUAAACUGGUGGCCGGGCAAAUUGACAUUUGCGUGGGAUGGUGUUGGCGAAAACACCAUCCUCGGCCGUCGAAUUACCACUGAGCUGGACCCCACCAAGAAUCCGCUCGGAUACGCUCUGCGUACCAACAUCGGGUACGACCAGAAGCACCCGGUCUGGGACGCUGUAGCUGUGUACUAUGCCGUGUGUGGGCUAGACGACGUGUUCAGAUGGAAGUACCCGCACGGCGGCCGCGUGAACGUAAACGCGUCCGCUUUUGCUACCUGGGAGAACGGUACGGUUUCAAGCCCCGGGUUACAGAACUCGAUCGAGUUCAAAAUGCCUAAUACGACAUUUGCGGCGAGGUUGGAAGAUAUGCUGCUAUGGGAACCGGGACAGCGUGUGCCGUACUGGAGGACUUGGUGUAGAAGUUAGACUGAUAUAAGGGGUAUCUGAGUGGUUAUCACUGGAAGCACUGCUGUAACGUAAUGCGCUUCGAGUUAUUUUACUCCCUUAAUAUAAUCCAGUUGCUUAAUUUAAAGAACCCCUGAUGACCCUAACUAGAUAAUCAUCGCAAUGCAUAGGUAGAAUUAUAAGUUUUCGAACGACAUACCUGUUCAGCAGGUAUCUACUCGGAUGGAACAA